AGUCGGUCUUUUACUGCCCGCGUCUUCAUUUUUUUUUUUUCACCAAAUCAAAUCGCUUCUCAAUUUUUUCUGCACAAUUAAAUUCACAAUACUCUUCAAGCAGCUAAAACCCUAACUCAUCGUCAACAAUGCACUGCUCAAUUUCCGGGGAGCUGCCGGAAGAGCCUGUCGUCUCGUUGAAGUCUGGACUUGUCUUCGAAAAGCGCCUAAUUGAACGCCACAUUUCCGAUUAUGGGAAAUGCCCAAUUACUUCCGAGCCGCUGACAAUGGAUGAUAUUUUAUCUGUCAAAACAGGAAAGAUUGUGAAGCCGAGAACUGUACAGACUGCUAGUAUCCCUGGAAUGUUGGGGAUGUUCCAAAAUGAAUGGGAUGGUUUGAUGUUAUCCAAUUUUGCAUUGGAGCAACAGCUACAUACAGCAAGGCAAGAGUUAAGUCAUGCAUUAUACCAGCAUGAUGCAGCUUGCCGUGUGAUUGCAAGACUUAAAAAAGAAAGAGAUGAGUCAAGAUCAUUGCUUGCCCAGGCGGAUAGGCAGAUACCUAUGUUAGCAACAGCAACUGCUGCAGCAAAUGUCUCUGUUCAUAGCAAUGGAAAAAGAGCUGCCGAGAAUGAUGAUUUGGGUCCACCUGGGAAGAGAUUGUGUCCUGGAAUAUCUAAAGACAUCAUUGAUGAACUGACUAAUUGUAAUAUGGCUCUUUCUACACAGCGUAAGAAGCGGCAGAUUCCGCCAACAUUAGCUCCCAUUGAUGCUGUGGAGAGAUACACUCAGCUUUCCAGUCACCCCCUUCACAAAACCAACAAGCCAGGCAUUGUUUCCAUGGAUAUCAAUUAUUCAAAGGACAUCAUUGCUAGUGGAGGGCUUGAUUCCACGGCUGUACUCUUCGAUAGACCUUCAGGACAAAUCCUAUCUACACUCAGUGGACACUCCAAGAAGGUUACUAGUGUAAAAUUUGUUUCUGAGGGGGAUUUAUUUUUAACUGGAUCAGCAGAUAAGACUGUUCGCAUAUGGAAAGGAUCCGAGGAUGGAAAAUAUGACUGCAGGCAUAUCUUGAAAGAUCACGAGGCUGAGGUGCAAGCUGUCACUGUCCAUGCCACCAACAAAUAUUUUGUAACUGCUUCUCUUGAUAAUACAUGGUGCUUUUAUGAUCUCUCCUCUGGCUUAUGCUUGGCCCAGGUUUCUGAUAGUUCGCAAUCAGAUGCCUCUAGAACUGGAGGUUAUACUUCGGCAGCUUUUCAUCCUGAUGGCCUUAUCCUUGGAACAGGCACCUCAGAUGCUGUUGUUAAAAUUUGGGAUGUGAAAAGCCAGGGCAAUGUUGCAAAGUUUGAGGGGCAUGUUGGGGCAGUGACUGCUAUAUCUUUCUCAGAAAAUGGUUACUUCUUAGCAACUGCAGCAAAUGAUAGUGUUAAACUUUGGGAUCUGCGCAAAUUGAAGAACUUCCGAACACUCGAAUUAUAUGAUUCUGACACACCAACAAACUCUGUGGAAUUCGACCAAAGUGGAUCUUACCUUGGGGUUGCAGGCUCAGAUAUAAGAGUAUUCCAAGUGGCUAGUGUAAAAGCAGAAUGGAAUUGUGUCAAAACCUUUCCUGAUUUGUCUGGCACAGGAAAAGCAACAUGUGUAAGAUUUGGACCUGAUGCCAAGUAUAUAGCUGUCGGAUCUAUGGAUCGCAACCUCAGGAUAUUCGGUCUACCAAAGGAUGAAGGUCAAGAAAUGGAGUAGUGAAAUGCCUGCAGUUUCGCCUCGUAAGAAAUCGAGCCUUGUCGUGUUCCUUACAGUUGCUUUUACAGCAUUGGUUUGCUAAUGAAGUGAAAUAUGGUAGAGCUCGAAUCCGUAUCAAAUAGUCGGUAUUAUUAGCUCUUGUAUUCAAGUUUCUUAUUAACAGAGCUAUGAGCUUAGGUGAAGGGUGGAAUGAGAUUGAGGAAGUGAAUUUGAAUCAUGAAUCCCUCUUUUUGUAUUAAUUUUCAGCGAAGUUAGAUGUUGCAUUUCAUUGACAGUAUUAAAUUUUGCUUAGUUAGCAAAUGUCUCUGUUGUAAAAGUAUUUUUGUCACUAUUUUACUAGCAUAUUGACACCAUUAUUUUUC